CACACCACCCAUCGCUCUAUGAAACCCGUAUUCCUUCAGUUCUCCAUACUAAUCGCCAGUGCCUCCCGCGCGGAACUAGACGCAAAUCGGGCAAUAAUGGAUUUUUCUCUUUUUUAAUUUUCUCUUUUUUCGGCCCGGUCUUCUUCAUUUUCUCCACUGCCCGCGGCCGCCAUUCAAAAUGUCCUCGUCUCCGCCGUCACUCGUCCGCUGGUAUGGACUCUAUCUUGCCUCUGUCAAGCUCUCCAUAGAGCACUCUUGUUUCUGAGACAAGGCUUGGAACACUACUAUCUUCGACAACUUUGACCCCCAUGUCGAUACGCCAAAACCCUGUAGAACAACCCCCAACCGCCCUCGCUGGAGGAGAUGAGAUGCUAUCGCCCCGGAAGGGCAAGAAGCGAGUUGGCUGGCAUGCAAGCAGUGAUAGCGCAGGAGGGCGGUCUGAUGAUGCUACUGUUACUACUACUAUCACCCAUGAAACAGCGGCAGUAGAUGCCUUGGUGGAUUCGUCUUCGGCAGUAUCUACCGAUGUGCCUGUCUCGCCAUUCUUGGGACCAGCAUUACCCACAACUCAAACACAGCUCACAGAUCACCAUCGCCAUCAAGAAGCUCCCCCCGGGGCCCCGGAUGCACUAGAGCUCAGCCUUGCACUUUCUAGAAUCUUAUCUGAAGAAGACGACCAACACAAUGACACACAGCACCAAAAUGAAGCACCACCAACUCUCCUUCAAGAGCCGCCCGUUGCUGCUCGACCCCGACGACCAGUCCUUCGAAGCAACACCAGCUACGACAGACCAUCGGAGCGAGAAACAGCCGAUCAAGCAGAAAAGAAUACUUCUCAGAGACAACAACAGUCCCUUACCGACGCCCAGCAGCGUGCUCACCGUCUAGCACAGUCGAUAGGCAGCAGUCAAUCUGCACCGACCUCGCGCCGCAACUCUGACGAAAUGCCGACCUCAUUCCAGCCACUGAUGCAUGUUCCAGAUUAUCGCAGCACUUCUUUCCAAAAUGGCGAUAUCAGCCCGCCCCAGGACACUGCACACCCGAAUCUGAGACACCGAGGCCCGCAAGCAGGUCUUAGUCCUUAUCAAGCAUCAAACGGUUACUUUGGCUCAACGGCAGAAGCAUUAGUGCAGGCACAUCUCGAUAAGUCGGGGCCUCCAGAGCUAUUCCACCGCCAGCAUCACAGAUCUCGCAGCUUCAACUCUGGCACCAGCACUCCUAUUAUCGAAGAACAAGACUACAUCCCUCGGCCAGCAAAAUACCGAGGUGGCAUCUUGGCGUCUUUGCUUAAGCUGUACAACGAUGAUAGACGGCAUCCUAGUAGUGCCACUCCCAGCGGAACAAACACGCCUUCAGCACCAGCUACUCCCCUUCUCUCUCCUCGCUCAUCACCUCCACGCUCGCGACGUGGCUCAGCUACCGGGGGCAAAUCAGGCCGUGCAAGCAGUCUCUUCAACUACCACAAGUCGCAAACUUCAACCUCGUCUCUUGCUCUGACAGAGCUCUUGAAAUCGUCUUCCAUGUUUGCAGCACCUGGCUCUCGGGGUGUGUCCGAUCAGCUUAAUGACUCGCUUCGACGCGAGAAGCUGCCUACCAAGACCAAAAAGGAGCGAAUCCGAAUUACGGUCCAUAUUGCGGACAUCAUCUCACGCCACAGAUACCUCAUCAAGCUAUGCCGUGCGCUCAUGAUGUAUGGCGCACCCACUCAUCGGCUGGAAGAGUACAUGGCCAUGUCGGCGCGUGUACUGGAAAUUGAAGGCCAAUUUCUAUACAUCCCUUCCUGCAUGCUCAUCAGCUUCGAUGAUAGUUCCACUCACACUACCGAGGUCAAGAUUGUGCGUGUGCCCCAAGGCAUCGACCUAGGAAAGCUUCGAGAUGUGCACAACAUCUACAAGGACGUCCUACAUGACAAAGUCGGUGUUGACUUUGCUACAGACCAGCUAGAUGAGGUGAUGCAACGAUCGCCCAAGUUCUCAGUUUGGUUCCGUGUCUUCUUGUACGGCAUUGCAUCCGCUUCUGUUGCACCUUUUGCUUUCGAGGGUCGUGUCAUUGAUCUACCGAUAGCAUUUCUACUCGGCUGUAUUGUUGGCAUGCUGCAGUUGGUGUUUGCACCCAGCAAUGAGCUAUAUGCACAUGUCUUCGAGGUCACAGCAUCCAUUAUUACGACCUUUAUCGCUCGAGGUUUCGGCUCCAUCAACGACGGCAAGCUCUUUUGCUUCAGUGCCCUCGCUCAAAGCAGCAUUGCCUUGAUUUUGCCCGGUUAUAUGGUUCUCUGUAGCUCUCUGGAGCUUCAAAGCCACAAUCUGGUAGCCGGUAGCGUUCGCAUGGUGCACGCCAUGAUUUAUACCCUCUUCCUCGGCUACGGCAUCACCAUUGGUGCAUCCCUCUAUGGUAUGAUGGACAAGAAUGCCACGAGUGCCACACACUGCUCGGCACCUCUAAACAGAGGCUGGUACUUCCCUUCUGUCCUCGUCUUUACCCUGUGUUUGUCUAUUAUCAACCAGGCAAAAUGGUCCCAGCUCCCCGUCAUGCUCAUCAUGUCUGUUGCAGGAUGGUCUGUCAAUAGCUACUGCAGCACCUAUUUUGAAGGGAAUACGCAAAUCUCAAACAUGCUCGGCGCCCUAACAAUUGGUAUUCUGGCUAAUCUGUAUUCGCGACUGGGUCGGCAUCUCGAAAACAUCCGCUUCGCCAUUGUCGACUGGUGGAAGACCAACGUCACCAACAGAUUUACAUCCUCCUCAAAACGCCAUCAACACAAUACUUGGUCUAUCCCAACCAUUGUUGACCCUGAAUCACCUCGCCCUGAGUCCAUGGAUUCGGCAUCCAAGAGACGCCGCAAUGUCGGAUACAGCCUCGCUGCCGCGGCUAUGUUGCCCGCCAUCUUCGUCCAAGUUCCCUCUGGUCUUGCGGUUGGCGGUUCACUCUUGGCUGGAGUCACUACAGCUAAUCAAAUUACUGGAAAUGCUACCCGGCCUGCCGUGGACGCGGCCCUAGGCAGUGGUCUUGAUGGCACUGCUUUUAGUGUCUUGUUCAGUGUCAUCCAAGUUGCCAUCGGUAUUAGUGUCGGCCUGUUUAUGAGUGCUUUGAUUGUGUAUCCUCUCGGCAAGAGACGCAGUGGCCUCUUUUCAUUUUAAUAUUCUUUUCUUUCGCCAGUCGCGCUAUAAACCGCGCAGACUGGUAUCAUAUUUUGCAUCACACGGCGUUUGGGGCAUUAUUUGCAUGGAUUGGCGUAUACUGUAUCAAUUUAAUACAUCUUUAUUUAUCAUUGAAAUGGCAUACAAUUCAAGUAUAUCAAAAAGAUAAUCCUCUUCUUUUUCUUUGUAGCCCGAACAAAAAUAAAAAAUACAACGAAGGCUGUUGUUAGCUGCAAAGUGCAAAAAAUCUGACCCACAAGGGAUUUGAACCCUUAACCUUCAGGAAAUCCCAUGUAAACUGGAAUCUGACGCGCUACCGUUGCGCCAGCGAGUCUGAGAUUGUUACAAUGGAGCCGCUAAUUUUUCUUUAUACGCCUUUGUGCGUACUACAUGUUACAACGACGCCUUGUGAGUCACGUACACCGCCCCAAGGCUCCGAAACUGGUCACCGUAAUCGUGUUUUAGGCUUCUGUAUUUCUUUUUUUUCACAAAAUGCUCUCUUGAAAAUUUUAGGCUCCAGCCCCUUUUUUACAAUUAACAGCGUGGCAGUGCACCGCAUGUGCUUCUCUCCAGUGUGCAGUAGCGGCACAUGAACCCUUGCACGGU